AUGUCGGACAAAUACACUUUCGAGAAUUCAUCUCAUGGCCCAGCCCCAUUCGCCGACCUGCUCUCCACAUUUCUCCGUCAUGCUGAUGAUCCAGCUUCCGCCAAGUAUCUAGACAUCUUCGCCGAUGACGCGCAGCUGAUGUUUGGCCCGGCACCAGCGGUAGGCAAGGAAGCUAUUCGUAUCGGACGUGAAGGUUCGUUCAAUCCAGACACCGGGCCCAUCAUCGCCCAGCAACAUCGAUUGGGCAAAAUUUUCUUUUCCCCGGGCGCCAAUGCCGCAGGUGCUUCCGAGACACAGGAGGUUGUCGCCAAUGGAUCAGUCUCAUACUGGCUCAAGUCGGGUCGACAAAUCGAUUGCACAUGGGUCAGCUGGGUCACCUUCAAGGAGCAAGGCCAGGGUGGCUGGCGGGCAGUAUACUAUCAGGUCUACCUUAGCACCUCUGAACUUUUCGAUGCAAUCAAGGAGAUGACGACUUGA